GUCAGUAAUUUAAUGGAUUUUUAUUUGAACUUAAUUAUUUUUAAAACAGAAAUUUUAAAAUUUAAAAUAAAAAUUUUGAUGCAAUAUUAAAUUAUUAAGAAAAAUACGGAUAACGUGUAUGACCUAUUUAUGUCCUUUCCCUUGAUGGCCUCCGCUUUAUCUAUGAUAUCUACCGACCUCAUUGUCUUCUGUAGAGUUCCAUCGCUUCACUGUUUUCCGUUUCUGUUUCAGUGGUGGUGAUGGCGGAGCUAGUGUUCAUCCCAAUGCCUCGAAUGGGCCAUUUCGCAUCUAUGGUCGAACUGGCUCAGCUUUUGGUGGAUCUCCAUUCCGAACUCUCCAUUACCGUCCUCAUCUUGAAGUUAAACCCCGAUGCACAAGUCACCGCCUACAUCCACUCUCUCACUGCCACUCGCAUCAAAUUCAUUCAACUCCCUCAACCUGAAACCCAAAAAGAUAUCUCUUUCUCCAAUCAUAUCAGUAAUUUGCAAGCCCAUGCACCCUUAGUGAAAGACGCUACCAACAACAUACUUCACUACUCCAGCUCUCGAUUCAUCGGGUUUGUUAUCGACUUGUUUCUAACUCCUUUCAUCGAUGUGGGAAACCAGUUGGGUGUUCCUAGUUAUGUUUUCUACGCAUCGAGUGCAGCUUUUCUCGGCUUUCAAUCUCAUGCACUAGCCCUUCAGGAUGAGCAAAAUGUUAACAUCGUUGAGUUAAAGGACUCGGACACUGAGUUCACCAUACCCUCCUAUCUCAACCCUGUUUCAUCUAAACUCUUCCCCACUAUUUUGCUCAAUCCUGAAUCUAAUUCUGUGGCGACUACCUUGGUAAGAUGGCUGAGAAAAGCCAAGGGUAUAAUGAUAAACACUUUUUGGGAGCUAGAAUCUCAUGCAAUCAGUUCUCUUUUUAAUGGUAGUGUUCCACCCGUUUAUCCAGUGGGACCUAUAUUGGAUCUCGAGCGUAAAAGUGAGGUCCAUCAAAGUUCUGAUAUCAUGAAAUGGUUGGAUGAACAACCUCUUUCAUCGGUGGUAUUUCUCUGCUUCGGGAGCGGGGGGAACUUCAACGAGGAUCAAGUGAAAGAAAUCGCCUCUGCACUGGAGCAGAGUGGGCACCGGUUCUUGUGGUCUUUACGCCAACCCCCAGACCCAUUCAAGGGCCCGAUGGCAAGCCAAACUGACUACGAUGACGCGUCGGAGAUUUUGCCAGAAGGGUUUUUAGAUGGGACGCAUGGCAUUGGUAAGAUCAUUGGUUGGGCACCGCAAGUGGCGAUUCUAGGCCACCCGGCGAUUGGAGGGUUCGUAUCGCAUUGUGGGUGGAACUCGAUUCUGGAGAGUAUAUGGUUCGGAGUUCCGAUUGUGACGUGGCCGCUUUACGCGGAGCAACAGCUGAAUGCAUUUAAACUAGUGAUGGAGUUGGGAAUAGCGGUGGAGAUUAAAAUGGAUUAUAGGAUAGAAGUUAUAGGUAGCGGUGAAGUGGAAAUUUUGAGGGCCGAAACGAUAGAGAAAGGAAUUAGGUGCAUGAUGGACAAAGGUAGUGAUGCUAGAAAAAGAGUAAAAGAGAUGAAUGAAAAGAGUAGGAGAGCCUUGAUGGACGGAGGAUCUUCGCACUCUACGAUCCGACAUUUCAUCAAUGAUGUUAUGGGCAGUAUGCCGUAAGAAAAAUUAGUAGCAUUCACAUAGAUUGAUAAUAUAUGCUUAAGAAAGUUGCGUCGGUUUCCGAGUUGGCUAUGAUGCACCAUUUUUUACUUCACUCCCACCAAUCCUUCUUGUUUUUUUCUUAUUCAUUUCUCGUGGUUUUUUAGUAAUUUUCUUUUGUUGUUUUCGUUAAGUUAUGAUAGAUGAAUGAUAGUGUCUCCUGUUGCUAAACAUCUACUAAUCAUCAACAAUUUCGAGACUCUUGCAAGGUGGUUUAGCAAAUGGUGACUUUUUGUAGGCUUUUUAAUCUGUAUUUGUUUUAAGUGUAUAUCAAAAAAUUUCACAAGUCCGGUCAGACUUGUGUUUAAAUUUAUGUGUUUUAUUUUUAUUUUUCUCAUUAUUUAAUAAGUAUUUCUUUUUGAAA